GCGGCGGCGGCAGGAGCGGCGGCCGCAGCAGACAGCAGGCGGGCGCGCUCGGGCCGAGCCAUGCCGGCCGCGCGCGUGGAGUACGUCGCGCCCUGGUGGGUGGCGUGGCUGCACAGCGUCCCGCACCUGGGCUUGCGCCUGCAGCCGGUGGACAGCACAUUCAACCCCCGCGAUGAGAGUUACCGGGAGUCACUGCUGUUCCUGGGGCUGGUGGCCGCCAUCUGCCUGGGCCUGAACCUCGUUGUCCUCACGGCUUACAUGGUCUGCGUGUGCUGCUGCCGGCAGGGCGAGGCUGUGCAGACCAAGCAGCGCAACUCCUGCUGCGUCACCUGGACGGCGGUGGUGGCCGGGCUCGUCUGCUGUGCUGCAGUGGGCGUUGGUUUCUAUGGAAACAGUGAGACAAACGACGGGGUGUACCAGCUGAUCUACUCCUUGGACAACGCGAACCACACCUUCUCCGGGAUAGACGAACUGGUAUCUGGAACCACCCAGAAGAUGAAGGUGGACCUCGAGCAACACCUGGCCCGGCUCAGUGAGAUCUUUGCCGCCCGGGGUGAUUAUAUCCAGACGCUGAAGUUCGUGCAGCAGAUGGCAGGCAAUGUCAUUGUCCAGCUCUCAGGGCUGCCGGUGUGGAGGGAGGUCACCACAGAGCUGACCGAGCUGGCUGACCAGACUGGCUACGUGGAGUACUAUAGAUGGCUUUCCUACCUCCUGCUCUUCAUCCUGGACCUGGUCAUCUGCCUUGUCGCCUGCCUGGGACUGGCCAGGCGCUCCAGGUGUCUCUUGGUCUCGAUGCUGUGCUGUGGGGUGCUGGGCCUGUUCCUCAGCUGGACGUCUCUGGCUGCUGACAGCGCUGCAGCAGUGGGCACCAGUGACUUCUGCUCAGCUCCCGACACCUUCAUCCUGAACAUCACAGAGGGCCAGAUCCGCACAGAGGUGACCCGUUACUACCUAUACUGCAGUCAGAGCAGAAGCAGCCCCUUCCAGCAGGCACUGACCGUCUUCCAGCGCUCGCUCACCACCAUGCAGAUCCAGGUGGCCGGCCUGCUGCAGUUCGCCAUGCCCCUCUUCCCCACGGCCGAGAAGGACCUGCUCGGAAUCCAGCUCCUGCUGAACUCAUCAGAGUCCAGCCUCCACCAGCUGACGGCCAUGCUGGAUUGCCGAGGGCUGCAUAAGGACUACCUGGACGCCCUUGCUGGUAUCUGCUAUGAUGGCAUCGAGGGCUUGCUGUACCUCGGCCUCUUCUCCCUCCUGGCUGCCCUGGCCUUCUCCACCAUGAUCUGCGCUGGGCCAAGGGCCUGGAAGCACUUUACUACCAGGGACAGAGACUAUGAUGACAUCGACAGUGACGACCCUUUCAACCCCCAGGCCCGACGCAUCGCUGCCCACAACCCGCCCCGGGGGCAGCUCCGCAGCUUCUGCAGCUACAGCAGCGGCCUGGGCAGCCAAACCAGCCUGCAGCCCCCGGCUCAGACCAUCUCCAAUGCCCCGGUCUCGGAGUACAUGAACCAGGCCAUGCUCUUCGGCGGGAACCCACGCUACGAGAACGUGCCCCUCAUCGGAAGAGGCUCCCCUCCUCCCACGUAUUCUCCCAGCAUGAGGGCCACCUACCUGUCCGUGGCGGAUGAGCACCCGAGACACUACGGGAAUGAGUUUCCAGCCUAACACACUUUCUGCAGAGGUUCCUGCCUCCUUGAUCCGUUUUGGUUUUUAAUGAACACUGGCACAAGCUGUGUUUCUUUAAUAGAAACCAAAGGCGCCUGGAGGCUGGGUGCAGGGCUACGGGAUUGGCAGGCUGCUGUGUCUGCAGCGGAGCAUCCGCGAUUCAGGGAGAAUCCGCCAGAGCUCGGCUGAGAUUCCUGACCCAAGGCCCAGGCAGCCAAGACCCAUGACUCGGAACAGCCUCUCCCUCUUCUGCUCUCCUGUCCACACCGGCAGUGCCCCUGGGUGCUCGGCCAUGUUGAAGGUGUUGGAGAGCCGUGCAGGGGGUGGCCCCAGGGCUGGGGGGCAGGCCCCAGCUGCAUCCCCGGCAGGCUUUCCACAGGGAGACCCGGCGGAAAUGUGGGUGACAGCCACCAUGGUCCACCCGCCUUCUGCCACUCUCCACGGCCUCUCCUCCAUCCCAGAAUCGAUGCUGUGAGUUGGUUCACUACAGAUAGGGACAGUCUCAGGUAUUAAUAGACACUUUGAAAGCAACACUAACUCUUCCCCCCCCCCCCCCCGCCAAGUGUUUUAAAUAUUUUGAUUAUCCAAAGAAUUGAAACUCAGAGCACAUUCAGUUUUUACAAGAGAUUUGGGGCUCAUGCCUUCCCCCUGGGUUGUAUCCCAUUCUUCUGCAGAUUUUGCUGGCAUCAGCCAGUUCUUUGAGGAUCUGGAGGAAGAGAGGAUUUUUAAACAAAGAACCGGUCAGUGAGACCUGUGGUCCCGAGUUGCUGCUUGAUGGGGAUGUGGGUUCAUCCCAUUCAAGGAGGGAGGCCCUUUAAGACAGAAAAGAAGCUAAGAGGGACAACUGAACACACUCCCCUGGUCUGGGUACUGCCCAGGUGAACUGUCCCUCCCUUUUGUCUGCAAGCAAGUUUGUCUUAAAGGUUUUAGCAAAGGGGGGGGGUCAUGUCUUGACCUGAGAGAGGCCUCUUCCCUCAUCCCCCCAACCCUGUACCCGUCCCCUUGUCCUGGGCCCCUGAGCUGCACGUGCUCAGUGAGCAGGAGCUUGUUGGCCAGGAGGAAAUAGUGACCCACCAUCCUGCCUGCUGAGGAUCCAGGGUUCGGGUCUCUGGUGCUUCUUAUCUCCUGUCAACUCAGAAUGCACAACACUGAUGCCCCCCCGCAACCUUGCACACCCAAAGCCAGGGACACGGGGUGACCUGGCUGGGAACAAGGGCUCCAUUUCCGUUUUCGAAGAGCUCCUUUCCCAUCAGAACGCUGACAGCAGAGUGACUCUCGGCGCCCAGCCAAGCCUCUUUGACAGAACAGGGCCCCACGGCAGCCCGGACUCUUGCCCCACCUGCGUUAAUCUAGAAGUACCAUGUAUCCAUGUACCAUAAACGUGUGUGUAUGGCCACGUCGCAUGCAGAUAGGAACCCCGCGAUGCCAAGAUGUUGCUUCUUAACAUUUCAUUGUUGGCAACCCUAGAGUUGUUUUUAAUGCAUGUAAACUAAACUAGAAUCCUUUGGGUGGUCCCUGAAGGAGCCAGGUGGGCUCUGCUUGAUAUAUGUGCGCCCUUGCCUGGGGAGAAAUAAACCACUUGUACU